AUGUCGAGGCUGUCCGUGUGUUGCUGGAUCGAGGUGCCAGUCGGUAAUGGGCACCGCCGCGUUUUGGAGAUGCUUCUGGAUCACGUUGAUCAAUCUGGCUGCGACCGGACGAUGAGCCAUGAGAAUGCAUUCCAGGUUGCGAUGCAGAAUCGAAACUGGGACUGUGCGAAGGAACUCUUGAACAAGCGUGCUGGAACAAAUAUCAACAUUGACGAUGAAAUGCCCCUAUCUUACGCUGCAAGGCUUGGCCAGGAUGAAAUAGCAAGACUUCUACUUGAAAAAGGCGCGGGUCAAGUAGGGACUGGCAACGAUCCGACUCUGCUGUUUUGGAUCGUCAGGAACUUGAGCAUCGAGGUGCUCAGGAAACUUCUCGAGUUGGGCCUCGACCCCAAUGCAUACUCGGAAGCCCUCCAACGGGGUGACCCCUCUAUUCGAAAACGUUCUCGGAAGGGCUGGUUACUACCCCCUCUGGCAUGCGCCAUGAGCCAACCUUUUUUCGACAAGGCGGAGCUUUUGAUAGACCAUGGAGCCGAUCCACGCCCCGUCCACCGAGGAAAACAGCACAUUACUUUGGUCAAGGCCACUCGAUCAAGUAAGUGCUCUUUGGUUGCCAAGAUGCUUGAUCGGGGCUUCGAUGUCAAUGAGAAGAGCGACACUGGCGAGACACCCCUUUCGGUAGCUGUGACCGCUGGCAACGUGGAAGUCGUCGAGUUUCUCCUCCGUCACGGGGCGGAACCCAACAUGCGCAUAGGAUCCUUUCCGUCUGUUCUGGCAUUGGCCAUCGGAAAGGGACACGUUGAAGUAGCCGAUGUUCUCCGAAAGCACGGUGCGAUGGAAGAGUGCGACGAUAUGCAUGUUGAUGAUGAGGAGGACUGUCUGGCUAGUUGGUCGAAUUGCUGUCGUCGGAGUGAUUCCAAAACGCCUCAGCUCAGUAUGUAA